GCAUGGCCGUGAUAGUGGUGGGUGUUGAUAAGGCCUUAAAACAUCAACAUUUACAUUUACAUCAACCUGUGUUCACACUAAAUCCAACCCCAAUUUUCAACCAAGCCAAGAUGGGGAAGGGAGGGCUGAGUCCCACCAAGCUCAACCUAAACAAGCUCAGCGACCCGAGCGAGCGCUACACCCUCGGAGAACUGCUUGGGACGGGUAUCCAUGGAAACGUCUAUUCCGCCACUGACAAUGAGAACAGUGGGAUGAAAGUUGCUGUUAAGAUUCAAAAAAUCACUCCGGAUCGCAUGGAUGACAUCCAGGAGGAGUAUAGAGUCCUGAGGGAUCUGUCCAGUCAUCCCAACCUCCCGGACUUCUAUGGAGUUUAUUUGGAGAAAACAAGGGACGGAGAUCAACUUUGGUUUGUUAUGCAGCUUUGCGAAGGUGGACCAGUUGUAGAUGUUGUGAGAGGUUUAUUGAAACAUGGAAAGAAGAUGUCUGAAGAACACAUUGCUUUCAUUCUGCAUGAAACUGUCAAGGCUCUUGUUCAUCUUCACGAGAACCACGUGAUGCAUCGAGAUGUGAGAGGCAGUAACAUUCUGCUGACCAAGCUGGGUGAAGUGAAACUAGUGGACUUUGGACUGUCCAGGGAGUUGAAGAGCACGAUGGACAAGCGUAACACAGUGAUAGGUUCACCUUCUUGGAUGGCCCCGGAGGUGGUUACCAGUGAGAGACUUGAAGGAACGGAAACCAACGCUUACGACAAUCGAGCGGACGUCUGGGCUCUGGGUAUUACAGCCAUUGAACUUGGAGACGGCAAAGCACCUUUUGAAGGAAUUCACCCGACUCGAGCUCUGUUCCAAAUAGUGAGGAACCCUCCCCCCACUCUCUACAGACCUGCUAGCUGGACUCAGAACUUUAAUGACUUCAUUAAUGAGUGUUUGGAGAAAAAUCCUGAGAACAGACCCUUCAUGGUGGAAAUAAUGGAGCAUCCUUUCCUGACUCAGCUACCAGAAAACGACUUCCAUUUGACUCAUGAACUCAAGAGUCUUCUUGAUAUGGUGAACCAUGAUAUAAUCUCUACUAGAAGAGAAGAGGUUGUUGUCAACAAGAAAUUCAUGAAGACCAAGUCACACCAGACCCCUGAGGUGAUGCAUGUAGAGGACCUGGCAGCUUUGGAGGACAUUACAGAGGACACAGUGCUGAGUGAGCUACAAGAGAGGACUAAGGAAGGACACUGUUACUCCUUCAUCGGCGAUGUCCUGCUGUUUCUCAACCCUAACUCGGAGCAGGACAUCUACAGUUUUGAGAAUCAGACCAAGUACUUCUGCAAGAGCCGAUCAGACAACGCUCCUCACAUCUACAGCGUGGCUGACAGUGCGUUCCAGGACGCCUUUCAUCACGAGGAGCCUCAACACAUCAUACUGUCCGGGGAAACUCUCUCUGGGAAAACCACCAACCUCAAACAUCUUCUCAAUCACCUCAACUACCUCGGGCUGAGCCCAAACAAGGUGGGUGAUAAGCUGAUCAAGGCACUGAGUAUAAUCCAUACCAUCGGCAACGCUGCCACUCCUGUCAAUGCAGACUCUACUAGGCACAUCAUGAUGUUACAAGUGACCUUCUCCAGCACCGGCAAAACCUCUGGAGGAAUCUUCUGGGUGUACCAGCUGGAGAAGUGGAGAGUCACUGGCUGUCCGGUGAGAGCCCAUGCAAAUUUCCACAUCUUCUACUACCUCUAUGACUACUUGGAGUCUGAGGGUACACUGGACCAGUUCAGUUUGGACGGAGGUAGAAACUACCGCUAUCUGGGCACAGCAGGCUCUGAAAAUGAUUCUAAAGUUCCUUUCGGGCCACGGGAGGAACCUCAUAGGAAUCCUAAAAAGUUCAAGGAUUUUGAAAAGUGCUUGAUUGACCUCGAGUUUGAUCAAUACCAGAGAGAGCGCAUUUACAAGACAGUGGCAGCCAUCUUGUUGCUGGGAGAGGUCAAGUUUGAGAAGGCGGAGGAUGGAAAAGCUGGUCUCGCCAACACAGAGGUUGCGAAUAAAGUGGCCAACCUGCUAGACGUAGAUGAGAAGAAAUUCUGCUGGGCCUUGUGUAACUACUGUCUGGUAGUGAAGGGGACGGCGCAGCGGCGCAAACACUCGGUAGAAGAGGCGCGUGAGGCGAGGGAAGUGUUGGCACGAGGACUUUACUUCCGUCUUGUCGACUGGAUAGUCAACACCAUCAAUCUCAAGCUUUCAUUCACAAGAGCUAUGUUUGGGGACAGAUUUUACAUCAACCUGUUGGACCUAUUUGGGUUUGAAUGUUAUCCAAAGAACAGUCUGGAACAAUUGUUUGUGAACACUGUGAACGAACAACUUCAGUACCAUUAUAACCAAAGGAUAUUUGUCUGGGAAAUGCAAGAACAAAUCGAGGAGAACAUUCCCCUGCAGCCGUUGCAGUAUUAUGACAAUAAACCAACCAUAGAUGAACUGAUGAGCAAACCUGACGGCCUUCUGUAUAUCGUCGAUGAAUCCAACAAGAACAACCAGGGUGCUGAUUUUAUCAUAGAAAAACUUCAAAGCACUCCUAAGGGUCCGAGAGUUAAAAUGUCUACGUCAAAAGAGUUCACAGUUGCCCACUACACUGGAAAGAUCGCGUAUGAUGUACAGGACAUGCCCAUUAAAAACCGCGACUUCCUGCCUCCGGAGAUGAUAGAGACGAUGCGACUAUCCAACGAUGAAGUGAUCAAACAGCUGUUCACCAACCAGCUGUCCAAGAGUGGUAACCUGACAGUCCAUGUGGAUCAAUCGCAGCAGGUGACCACAGGGAAGAAGAAACGCUGGGGAGCUGCGUUGGUGGCUGAGAGGCAGAAGAGGUCGUACAACACCCAGUCCCGCGGUGAGUACUCGCAGACGCGUCGCAUGCGCACGGGCUCCGCUACGUUCCGAGCUGCGAGUCUGGAGUUGCUGCGUAACCUAGCCAUGGGACAGGACGGCUGUGUUGCUCUGGGAGGAACACACUUUGUGCGUUGCAUCAGGGCCGACCUGACGGGUAGUCCGUACGGGUUCCAACCAGAUGUUGUUCGUCAGCAGCUACGAGCCCUAGCCGUCAUCGACACUGCGCGAGCUCGAGCUAAGGGAUACUCUCACCGGGUUGGAUUUGCUGAGUUUAUUCGACGAUACAAGUUCUUGGCCUUUGACUUUGACGAGAAUGUGGAGGUCACAAAGGACAACUGCCGUCUGCUCCUGGUGAGAUUGAAGAUGGAAGGAUGGGUCAUCGGCAAGUCCAAAGUUUUCCUCAAAUACUACAAUGAAGAAUAUCUGUCAAGACUGUAUGAAACCCAGGUGAAGAAGAUCAUAAAGGUGCAGUGUAUGAUGAGGGCAUUCCUGGCCAAGAGGAACUUCAAGGGCAAAGUGAAAGCAAGACAAGACUCUAUCAGGCAGCAAAGUCAGGAUGAGGAAGGUGCGCCUCGGGCAGAGCCGGCAGCUAAAAAGAAAGCUCGUCCUAAAUCUCAACCUAAACCUCAACCGUCGCGUCCACCUAAAAAAGCCUCUGAAAUGAGCCAGGAUGAGGCUGCACUCGUAAUUCAAAAACAGUUCAGAGGCUACCAAGCAAGAAAGGAGAUUAAACCUCUUCUUUCUGGAGAAAAGAUGAACAAUGAGGAUGCCACUUUCAUCAAACAGUUUUGUCGCAAAUGGAAAGCCAAGUCCAUAUUUCAAGUUUUGCUGAUGUACAGGGCAGCAAAGCAUCAAGAAAUCGUCUACAUGUCCCAACAGGUUCACUUGUACAACCAGAAUGCUGUUAGCGCCCUCCAGAUCUGCAAUAAAGAGAGAGUUUCUCUUCACAACAUUCGGACUGACACAACAGCUUCUCAGUUCCUGGGCAAGUUCACCCCAAGAAUGUGGAAACUUCCAUUCCGCCUCAACGACAUGCCAUUUGUCGAUUCUUCAUACUUGUGCAACACAAUGGGAAAAAGAACUCUAACCAAAGAUGAUGCUCCGUGGGACGACCCAUACAAGAGAAGGUCAAGGCUCUUGUCUCCCGGUGGAAGAACUUCAGAGUUGGAAAACCGAGGAUUACCGGUGGAGGAGGGAGGAGAUGUGUUUGGCUUCAUCCAAACUCCGUACACUCGGGACCCUAACUACGUGGAAGUGGUGUACUCCGGCCAGCCGUACAGGAAGGGUGAUCACUUUUUCACGACCAAAACUCCAAAGCAGAGGAGGGCCUCUAGAAAGGACCGGGUGGCCCCUCCAGCGCCUCAGUUAACCUACAACUACGCCCAGCCUGGGGGAUCUAGCGACUUUAGCAAGGGGUUCAACAGACCUGCCGCUCCUAGCUACCAACCACCCAGUCCAUCUAAGAACUUUGUGAAUCAACAGUACAACAAUGACAGUGGCAACAACAACUAUAGGGACAAGUUGAAACCUGUUGGCGGAAAUCAGAAUCCAAUCCGGGAACUGGAGAUGAAGUUUCAGCAAAUAAACAACAACAAGUCUGACAACGAGGAUGAAGCUCCGACAUUUAAUUUCCAGGCAAUGCUGCGGAAGACCAACCACAACAGGGCGUCUCUGCGACGCUCGCCGGAGAUGGAAAUGGCUAACAGCCAUGGUUACGGAUCAUUCCCUGUCAUUCCAGAGCAGCGGUCUGUCAGUCAGUCCAACAGCAAUGGUUAUAUGAACAACAACAACAACGUGGUAUAUAAUAGCUCUGCGAUGAGAAAUAAGAACGCAGCACCGAAACCAUUCCUCCGCCAAGAUUCUGGGGACUGUCGCAAAAACAUGUCGCAUCACUACAAGGAGUCAGUGAAGAAAGCAAGGUGUGAUGAAGUUACUACCGAAAUAGCCCCUGGGAUAAUCAUUCAAGGACAAGUUGCUGAACUGUAAUUCCAUUU